AAAAAUAUUACGUCAAUGCAAUUUAUGAAAUAAAAAACAUGUUGCAGCACCACCCUUUAAAAGUUGAUGUGAAAAGCAAGUCUUGCCAUUUGGAGUCAGACUGAGGAAGAGAAGGAAGCUUUAUACACAGUACCAUACGAAGAUUGACUCAACCAUGAGAUUUGUGGCAAUUUCAGCGUUCUUUCUCAUCACAACGCUUCAUGUUACGGAAAUGUUUGGAAUAGACGCAAAGGAACGUAAACAAAUAGAAGAUGAUCUUACAAGCAUCAGCAAUGCUAUUAUAAAACUCAGCCAUGAUCUUGAAAAGACUAAAAAAGAUAUUCAAAGGCUGACAUGCAGCAAAGAAUUUAAAUCAUGCAAAGAAAUACUGAAGAGUCAAAGCAAUAAUACUGCCAGUGGUGUUUACAAAAUCAGUGUUGGUUCAAAUGAAGUGAUGAACGUCUACUGUCAGAUGUCGUCAGUCUCAGGUUGUUCUGGUGGUGGGUGGACGAUGGUGAUGAAAAUUGAUGGGAGCAAGAGUACUUUCGGAUACAGUUCUGGUUAUUGGUCGAACAAGACCACUUUCAGUGACAAUUUUUAUGGAAGAAACGGAGGUUUUGACAACCGAGAAUUCAAAGGAUCAACAUAUUGGAAAACUUCAUUCAAUGAGAUUUGUGUCGCGAUGAAAUAUGGUGGUCAACUCAGAGCCCUCUCUUUCUCACAUCCAGCAUCGUCCUUGUAUCAUCUGAUCGCCGACGGCAAUUAUCGUCAAACUCACGUCGGCCGUUCACAGUGGAAGCAUCUCAUCCAAGGAUCAUCUUUACAGCGUAAUUGCAACAAACAAGGGUUCAACGUGAACUUUGGGAGAUCUAUAUAUUUGAGAGUUCGCUUAGGCAUCAUUGGAAAUCAGGAAAAUCAUUGCCGCACUCCUGACUCUUUCAUCGGCCUGGGUGGUAAAGGACGUUAUGUACACCACUGCAGUUCCAGAGCACCUUCUUUUAACACGGCUGGCAAUGUUGCCACAUGUUUCCCAGACAACGGAGUCAAGAACCUCAGAGCAAUGGGAUACGUACUGGUCCGUUAAAACAACUUAGAUUUCUUUGCCACCACCUCAAGUUAGUAUAAAUAACAUCAAGGGUGAAAUGUAUUAAAUUUGGAAUAUUACCUUUGCAUUAAUUGUUCCACAUAUUGAACUAUAAACUUAUAGACAAAGACAUCUUUGCCGUCUUGCACGUAAAUUUUAUAUAUGUUGUAGCUAGAGUAUGCGAUUGGAAUUAUAUGUACACUUGUUAUAUUGCCAGCAUUCUGGAUGUUAUAUGCUUUGCCUUAGUUAUUAUAUUUUACCAACACCUGUAUUGCCUGUGGUAUAGUGUAGGCACUUUUCAUAAACCUUCACUGUGAUCACCUACACAAAUAUAGAAUUUCAUCUUAUAUGUAUGUUUCAGAUACAAUAGUAAUAUUGCAAUGCUGAUUUCUCUUACAUGACAAUAACACUCUCUUAUUCUAAGACCACUCUUAUUCCAAGUAUGAUUGUAAUAUAGUGCUCUGAAAGUUCGGUUAAUAUUUCCACUAUAUUGUUAUGCAUAGAACCCUUAGGCCUCUCAUAUUGCAGAUAUAAUUCCUUGUACAGCCAUUUACAUAAAAGGUUUUCUACUGUUAUUGGAUUCAGUGCCGUAUUCUUAACCGGCCUUCGUGGGCAAACUAGCAUAAUGUAAAAAUUUACGGCAUGUGAAAUUAGCCCCUUCCCUUAUCUGACGUGCCAAGUUUC